CUGUUAAUGGCUGCCUCCAUGUCGUGAAUGUGAGACCGACAACGAUUAACGUUUUAUUCGUCUCCCCAGUUUACUGAGGACAUAAACGUGCCAUAUAUCGCAAAGCCUUUUGCAGUUCAGACUGAUUUGCGGUUUGGCAUCAGCCGUCACUUCCUUCCAAAUGAAGGACGGCAAGGAGAACUCCAACGCCACCUUCGGAAGCUUCACCACAAAUCUGGACCACACCAAGCCAUGCUGGUACUGGGACAAGAAGGAUCUGGCCCACACCCCGUCCCAGUCAGACCUGGACCCAGCCACAGAAGCGCGGUACAGACGAGAGGGAGCCAGGUUCAUCUUCGAUGUCGGAACACGUUUGGGAUUACAUUAUGACACCCUGGCGACAGGAAUAACAUACUUUCAUCGGUUUUAUAUGUUUCAUUCUUUCAAACAGUUCCCCCGAUAUGUUACCGGGGCUUGUUGUCUUUUCCUGGCUGGUAAAGUGGAAGAAACUCCCAAGAAGUGUAAAGACAUCAUUAAAACCGCUCGCAGUCUGCUCAACGAUGUGCAGUUUGCACAGUUUGGAGAUGACCCAAAGGAGGAGGUCAUGGUGUUGGAAAGAAUUUUACUGCAGACAAUCAAGUUUGAUUUGCAAGUUGAACACCCCUAUCAGUUUCUGCUGCGCUACGCUAAACAGCUGAAAGGUGACAAGAACAAAGUUCAGAAGCUUGUACAGAUGGCGUGGACCUUUGUCAAUGACAGCCUCUGCACGAUGCUGUCGCUUCAGUGGGAGCCAGAGAUCAUAGCAGUAGCGGUGAUGUACCUUGCUGGCCGGCUUUGCAAGUUUGACAUUCAGGAGUGGACUUCUAAGCAGUCGUCUCGCCGCUGGUGGGAGCAGUUUGUCCAGGACGUUCCAGUGGAGCUGCUGGAAGAUAUCUGCCACCAGAUUCUGGAUUUGUACUCUCAGGGUAAGCAGCCGAUCCCCCAGCAGCCUCCGAUGCAGGACAAAGAGAAACCGCCACCCCCCCCCGCUGCUCCUCCCGGCCAAUCAGGGGCGCAGAACCCACCCGCUCAACCUCCCUCCAAGAAGAACUCCCCCCAGGCCAGCCCGCCCGCCAAGAUCAAACGCCAACAUGUCUCUCCUAAAGAUGAACCCAAAGCUCCAGCAGAGCAAGUCGGCUCUAAGAUACCACGUCUGGAGAGUCCCAUGCCGCCUCUUCCUGUUUCUCAACCCCCUGAACGCAAGACUCCAUCUGCCAUCCCAGCACCUCCUGCAGAAGCCGAGCCAGCUGCGGCAUCAGAACUGGACCCAGCACAAGGACCUGCUCCUCCUCUGCCACACGGAGCCCCUCCCCCUCUGCCACACCGCCCACCGCCGCCUCCACCCUCCAGCUACAUCAUGGGCAUGUCCACGUCCAGUUCCUACAUGUCUGGGGAGGGGUUUCAGAGUCUGCAGUCUAUGAUGAAGACCGAAGGGCCCUCCUACGCGCCCAUGCCCCCUUCGUACAGGAUGGCCUAUCACCCACAUGUCUAUGCGCACACAAACCCUCCCCCUCCAGGUCCUCCGCCUCCAGCCUCUUACCCUCCUCCCAAUCUGCCCCCGCCCACUCCAGCUUACCCUCCUCCAGGGUACAACCCUAGCUACCCGCCUCCGCCGCCACACAUGCCACCAGGGCACAACGUACCCCCUCCGGGAAUGGGUUUACCGCCUGCUGGGUACCCUCCUCCUCCUGUUCCACCAGGCCAGCCUCAGCUGCCGCCCCACGCCAUCACAGGAAUGAACAGAGGGGCAUGGAUGAGAUGAGAUGAGAAGAUGAGACGCGUGCCUGUAUACAAUACACAGAGCUCACAUCUAAAAACCAACUGAUAUGUUUCUAAACAGGGGUGUCCAAACUCGGUCCUGCAGGGCCGGUGUCCUCCGGAAUUUAGCUCUUCACCUGCUAGGAUGCUUCUAGAAAGCCUAGCAAGGGCUUGAUUAGCUAGCCCAAGUGUGUCUGAUUGGGGUUGGAACUAAACUUUGCAGGACAUCGGCCCUCCAGGACUGAGUUUGGACAUGCCUGUUCUAAAAUGAGCAUUUUUAUUCUCAUCCUCUCGUCUGAAGGUUCAGUAAUUUCACUUUCAUGGCAGUUAAGAGUUCCCUUUUAUUGUGUUUAAAGUGAAAUAAGUGAAAAUAAACAGAGGAAGCUGACAAAAGUGCUCACUUUAGAUGGCAACUAGAGGUUUUUGCUUCUGAACUCUACACCGUCAGGUUUCUAUGUAUUCUGAUGCAGGUUUUAUAGGAAGGUGUAGACCAGGGGUGUCCAAAUUCUGUCCUGGAGGGCCGGUUUCCUGCUUAUUUUAGUUCCAGUUCUAAUUAAACACACCUGAACCAGCUAAUCAAGCUCUUUCUAGGUAUACUAGAAACUUCUAAGGAGGUGUGUUGAAGGAAGUUGGAGCUAAACUAUGCAGGACACCGGCACAACAGGACCGAGUUUGGACAUGCCUGUUCUAAAAUGAGCAUUUUUAUUCUUAUCCUCUCGUCUGAAGGUUCAGUAAUUUCACUUUCAUGGCAGUUAAGAGUUCCCUUUUAUUGCGUUUAAAGUUAAAUUAGCGAAGAUAAACAGAGGAAGCUGACAAAAGUGCUCACUUUAGAUGGCAACUAGAGGUUUUUGGCUUCUGAACUCUACACCAUCAGGUUUCUAUGUAUUCUGAUGCAGGUUUAUUGGAAAGUGUAGACCAGGGCUGUCCAAACUCGGUCCUGGAGGGCCGGUUUCCUGCUUAUUUUAGUUCCAACCCCAAUUAAACACACCUGAACCAGCUAAUCAAGCUCUUUCUGGGUAUACUAGAAACUUCCAAGGAGGUGUGUUGAAGGAAGUUGGAGCUAAACUAUGCAGAACACCGGCCCUCCAGGACUGAGUUUGGACAUGCCUGUUCUAAAAUGAGCAUUUUUAUUCUCAUCCUCUCGUCUGUAGGUUCAGUAAUUUCACUUUCAUGGCAGUUAAGAGUUCCCUUUUAUUGCGUUUAAAGUGAAAUAAGUGAAAAUAAACAGAGGAAGCUUACAAAAGUGCUCACUUUAGAUGGCAACUAGAGGUUUUUGCUUCUGAACUCUACACCAUCAGGUUUCUAUGUAUUCUGAUGCAGGUUUUAUAGGAAGGUGUAGACCAGGGGUGUACAAACUCAGUCCUGGAGGGCCGGUGUCCUGCUUAUUUUAGUUCCAAUUUCAAUUAAACACAUCUGAACCAGCUAAUCAAGCUCUUUAUAAGUAUACUAGAAACUUCCAAGGAGGUGUGUUGAAGGAAGUUGGAGCUAAACUAUGACACCGGCACUACAGGACCGAGUUUGGACACCCAUGCUUGAAUUGGAGUGUCAGGAAGUCUAUGAAAUACCACAGGCUUCCACUUGGGUUCAGGGUUUCACCGUUCUGUAGACUUCAUCUCUACUUACUUGAUUUAAAAGGAUAACCCUGCUGAAAAAAACAGCUUAAACCAGCCUAGGCUGGUUGGCUGCUUUUAGCAGGUCGACCAGGCUGGUUUUAGAGGGGUUUUGGUCAUUUCCAGGCUGGUUUCCAGCCAUUUCCAGCCUGGUCUUAGCUGGUCAGGCUGGGACCAGCUUGACCAGCUUAGCCAGGCUGGGUGCCCAGCCAAAACCAGCCAUGUCCAGCUUAAUCCAGGCUGGUCAAGCUGGUUUUAGCUGGAUUUAGCUGGGCAUUUGUCUAGCCUGACCAGCUAAGACCAGGCUGGAAAUGGCCAAAACCCCUCUAAAACCUGAGCUGGAUUUUUCAGCAGGGAAUUCAUCGCUAAAACAAAAACCUGUCGUGUUCAUCUACUCAUCCUCCUGCUAAAGGGAAGGUUCAUCCAUGAAUGUUGAGCACAAAGGAAGAUAUCUUGAAGGUCGUUGGAAACUCCAGGGCAUUUUCUUCUUACUAUGGAUGUCAUUGUGGGUUUUGGUUUUCAACGUUCUUCAAAAUAUCUGUUUUCUAUGUUUGAAAAAAACAUUUUUAGGACGGCAACAAAAAAAGUCAUAGCAGUUUGGAGCCACAUAAGGGGUGAUUCAUUUAAUUUUAUGGGUGAACUAUCCCAUAAGGUCUAACAACAGUACAGACCAUGUGGAUCUAAUUGAGGAUGUUUUCAGUGUUAAAUGCUCUCACACUAGGAUGUUUUUGUGAUUAUAAUGCACAAGUAGAUGUAUAAAUUGGUCUGACAGGAGGUAAAGAUUCAGGUCUUUACAUUUCUAAGGCUUGAAUAAUGACAGCAUCUGCAGCUUUGUUUAAUAUAAUUGUCACUAUUUACUCUCAAGUGUUUCCAAACCUCUAUGACAGGGGUGCCCAAACUCAGUCCUUGAGGGCCGGUGUCCUGCAUAGUUUAGCUCACACUUCCUCCAACACACCUGCCUGGAGAUCUAGUACACCUAGAAAGAGCUUGAUUAGUUGCCUCGGGUGUGUUUAAUUGGGGUUGGAACUAAAAUAUGCAGGACACCGGCCCUCCAGGACUGAGUUUGGAGGCCCCUGCUCUGAUUUUCUUUCUUCUGUUAAACACAAAAGAAGAUAUUUAGAUGAUGAUAGAAACCUGUAAUCAUUGACUUCCAUAGUAUGUAUUUCUCCUACUUAUUGAAGUCAAUGCUUAGCAGUUGAGUGAAGGGUGAGUAAAUGACAGACGUUUUCAGUUUUGGGUGAACUAUCCCUUUAAAUCCAUUCUUAUCACCACUUACAUUCCAAAUACCUUUCUAUGAACGAAUUAUGAAUUCUUCAUUGUACAUAUGGGUUAUUCUGUAUUAUCUUUAGAGUGUGUUGCUUUUUUUUGUUUGUUAUUUUCCCAGUGUUGUGUUCCUCUGGCUUACUUUUUAGUUAGUUUGUUGCAGACUUCUUCUUAUUUCCUUAGCAAGAUCGGGAAAACGUCCCACAAAUCUUCCUUAGCAGUAGGUAAUUCUGAUGCCUUUUUGGCAUCUUUGACUGACCUGAGAUCAGGUGCAAUGAUUGGGCAUGUUGGUUUCAUAGUUUCCCGAAUGUGCCUUAGUUUGGUUUAUAGUUGAUCGAGGGACUCUCUGUGCUCAACUAGCUUGUGUUUACCUGUUGAUUCUUUUAGGCAGAUAAUAAAAACUGCGCAUUUGCUGA